ACGCAGCUCCUCUUCUCUGAUCAGCUGACAAUGAGUGAGAUGCCCAGUUGAAGGACCUGUGAAUGUUAAACACGUUAUUUUGAGCCACAUAUUUGGGAAGUUGCGCCUGUUUUACUGAGUUAAACCCAUUGAACACAGUGUUGAGACGGCCAGGCUCAUCGCGGCUGGGUGAAUAAACUUUUCUGUGGGCAGCCAUGACAGAAUUCUGGUUAAUUUCUGCUCCGGGAGAGAAGACCUGUCAGCAGACCUGGGACAAGCUGAUGGUGGCCACCACACGCACCAAUAAUUUGUCCACCAACCACAAGUUCAACAUCCCAGAUCUUAAGGUUGGGACUCUUGACGUGUUAGUGGGCCUGUCCGAUGAGCUCGCCAAGUUAGACACUUUUGUGGAAAGUGUGGUGAAGAAGGUGGCUCAGUACAUGGCUGAUGUUCUGGAGGACAGCAGAGACAAAGUCCAGGAGAACCUCCUGGCCAAUGGAGUCGACAUGGUCACCUAUAUCACCAGAUUUCAGUGGGAUAUGGCUAAAUACCCGAUCAAACAAUCCCUGAAAAACAUCUCAGAGAUCGUCUCCAAGCAAGUCACUCAGAUAGACAAUGACCUGAAGGCCAGAGCUUCAGCUUACAACAACCUGAAAGGAAACUUGCAGAAUCUGGAGAGGAAGAAUGCAGGGAGUUUGUUGACCAGGAGUCUCGCUGACAUAGUGAAGAAAGAGGACUUUGUGCUGGACUCAGAGUACCUGGUUACCAUGCUGGUGGUCGUCCCUAAGACUAACUAUGCGGACUGGCAGAAGACGUAUGAGACGCUGGCAGAAAUGGUCGUACCCCGUUCCACUAAGCAGCUCUAUGAAGACAAUGAAAGUGGUCUUUUCAGCGUGACGCUCUUCAGGAAGGCUGUAGACGACUUCAAACACAAAGCUAGAGAAAACAAGUAUACAGUACGUGAUUUCCAGUACAAUGAGGAGGAGAUGAAGGCAGACAAAGAGGAGAUGACCCGUUUGUCGACAGACAAGAAGAAACAGUUUGGCCCUCUGGUACGAUGGCUGAAGGUGAAUUUCAGUGAGGCUUUCAUUGCGUGGAUUCACAUUAAGGCUCUGCGUGUGUUUGUCGAGUCAGUAUUGAGAUAUGGGCUGCCAGUUAACUUCCAGGCCAUGCUGAUUCAGCCCAACAAGAAGAACAUGAAGAAACUGAGAGAGGUGCUGUAUGACUUGUACAAACACCUGGACAGCAGUGCUGCAGUCAUUGACGCUUCCAUGGACAUCCCAGGUCUGAAUUUGAGCCAACAGGAGUACUACCCAUACGUUUACUACAAGAUCGACUGCAAUCUGCUGGAUUUUAAAGUCUGAAAACUUGACCAUUACCUUAAUAUGUCGUAAGGUUUUGAUGUGACAUGGUUACUUUUACAAGCUUUAACUUAUUUGAGUUUUUGCUCUAUCAUUCCAGUUUGUUUAUCUUUGUUUGCUCUCAUUUUCAACAGUUUCAUGUACAUUUCUAAGUAUGUGUUUCUCGUAAGAAUAUAAAAUGGUCAUCUCAACAUUUGAAUUUUUUUUUUCUUGUUGUAUGUCAGCAGUCUCUCUAACUGUACUUUCAGGAGCACUUGUGACAUUCCCCUUUUCCCUAAAAAAAAUGCAUCUUGUUAGAGGAGAAAUGAACAUAUAGGUACACGUGAGAGAUAUGAGAAUGUGGUUAAAAACAAUAAUUAUUUAUGCCUCUGAAUAAGCAUCUGUGUUGUGUUUACUUUUGUUUUUUUGUUUUUUACAUGUGUUGUGUUUAUUUGUCCCAUAUGGGUAUUACCUAUUUACAUGUGCAAUUAAAUCACCCCAUUCCGUGUUUUGAUGUGAUUUGUGAUAAAUAUGAAACUGAUCAGUUUACAAAUGGGCAAUGUUUGCUUACUGUAUUCUCCACUGAUUUCCUUGAAGAACAUAAAUAUGAAUAUAUGUGCUAAAGCUGUACUACUAGUAUGAUUAAAAUUAAACCAUCUAUUGAAGAUUAAUGUUGAAAUUAAUAAAACAUAUAAUA